AAUUCUCCUCCUCCUCCUGCCGAAGUUGAACAGCUGAAGUACCCAGGAGGGGAUCAUAAGCACAACAAAGCGCUUGCCGAAACACUGCCGAAGCUGCUUCAUUCCCCCCAGCUCCAGCCCCCUCUUUCACCCCACCAGUUGCUCCCUCUCUCUGAGCUACAUGGUCCAUUUGCUGCCUCUCAUCCUGUGACUCUGCAGAUAUUUUAGAGCAACAGGUCCAGGAACUUAAAAUACAGGGGUGGGGAGAGAGAAGGCGCAAAAAAAAACCACGAAGAGACACAGGAGGAGGAGGAAGACUAAACGGAGUGUAGGAGGCAGAGAGACGGGGACAGCCCUGGUCGCCGCUGCAGCUGCUGCCACCYCACCCCCUGCACGGGGAUGUACCUUUCCAUUUGUUGCUUAUUCCUAUGCUGGGCUCCUGCCCUGUCGCUGAAGAACCUGAAUUACUCGGUGCCCGAGGAACAGGGAGCGGGCACGGUCAUCGGCAACAUCGGCCGCGAUGCGCGGCUGCAGCCGAGCGCGCCGGGUGGCGGGCUGCUGCCCCCGGAGCGUGGCGGUGGCCUUGGGGGCCGCGGCUCGAAGUCCACUUUCCGGGUGCUGGAGAACUCGGCCCCGCACCUCCUGGAUGUGGACGGCGAGAGCGGGUUGCUCUACACCAAGCAGCGCAUCGACCGUGAGGCACUGUGCCGGCGCAGCGCCAAGUGCCAGCUGUCGCUUGAGGUGUUCGCCAAUGACCAGGAGAUAUGCAUGAUCAAGGUGGAGAUCCAGGACCUGAACGACAAUGCGCCGACUUUCCCCUCCGACCAGGUGGACAUGGACAUCUCAGAAAAUGCUGCACCGGGCACCCGCUUCCCCCUCACCAGCGCUCAUGAUCCAGAUGCUGGGGAUAACGGGCUGCGCACCUACCUGCUCACCCGUGAUGACUAUGGUCUCUUCUCCCUUGAUGUGAAGUCCCGUGGAGACGGCACAAAGUUCCCAGAGCUGGUGAUUCAGAAACCUUUGGACCGUGAGGAGCAGAGCCACCACACCCUGGUACUGACAGCGCUGGAUGGUGGUGACCCACCACGCUCGGGCACCGUGCAGAUCAACGUGCGCCUCAUUGACUCCAAUGAUAACAGCCCCGUGUUUGAGGCUGCUUCCUACGUGGUGGAGCUGCCAGAGAACGCUCCACUGGGCACUGCCGUCAUCGACCUCAAUGCCACCGAUGCUGACGAGGGCACCAACGGGGAAGUACUCUACUCAUUUAGCGGCUACGCGCCCGAACGCGUCCGUGAUCUCUUCAGUAUAGACCCGCAGAGCGGCCUUAUCCGUGUGAAGGGCAAUCUGGACUAUGAGGAGAAUGGCCUCAUUGAGAUUGACGUUCAGGCCCGAGACUUGGGGCCCAAUCCUAUCCCUGCACACUGCAAGGUCACCGUUCGCCUCAUUGACCGCAAUGACAACGCACCCACUAUCGGCUUUGUCUCCGUUCGCCAGGGAGCGCUGAGUGAGGCUGCCCCACCAGGCACUGUCAUCGCUCUGGUGCGGGUCACCGAUCGUGACUCAGGCAAGAAUGGGCAACUCCAGUGCCGGGUGCUGGGUGGUGGUGGCGGGCCUGGUGCUGUCCCGUUUGCCCUGGAGGAGAACUAUGACAACUUCUACACUGUGGUUACAGACCGGCCUCUGGACCGUGAGGCACAGGACGAGUACAACGUGACCAUCGUAGCCCGUGAUGGGGGCAACCCCCCACUCAACUCCACCAAGUCCUUCUCUGUCCGAAUCCUUGAUGAGAAUGACAACCCACCCCGCUUCAGUAAGAACCUCUAUGUGCUGCAGGUGCCUGAAAACAAUAUCCCAGGAGAGUACCUGGGCUCAGUCUUGGCCCAGGACCCUGAUUUGGGCCAAAAUGGGACAGUCUCUUACUCCAUUCUGCCUGGGCAUGUUGGUGAUGUCUCCAUCUACACCUACGUCUCUGUCAACCCCACAAAUGGUGCUAUCUAUGCCCUGAGGAGCUUUAACUAUGAGCAGACCAAGCACUUUGAGUUUCGUGUGCUGGCCAAGGACUCAGGUUCACCCCACCGUGAGAGCAAUGCCACGGUACGCGUCACUGUGCUAGAUGUCAAUGACAACGCGCCUCUCAUCGUCCUUCCCGCCCUCAUCAAUGACACCGCCGAGCUGCAGGUGCCUCGCAAUGCAGGUGUGGGUUACCCUGUGGGCACCGUGCGCGCCCUGGACAGUGAUUUUGGGGAGAGCGGGCGCCUCACAUAUGAGAUUGUGGAAGGCAACGAGGAGCAUCUCUUUGAGAUGGACCCAACUAGUGGUGAGAUACGCACCUUGCACCCCUACUGGGAGGAGCUCAGCCCUGUGGCUGAACUGGUGGUAAAAGUCAGUGACCAUGGCAAGCCCAGCCUCUCCGCAGUGGCCAAGCUCAUUGUUAGGGCCUUGGCUGGGCCCCUGCCUGAGGCUGGUGAGCCACAGGUGAAUGGCGAGCAGCAUCGGCGACCGCACUGGGACUUGUCGCUGCCCCUGAUCGUGACCCUGAGCACUGUCUCCAUCAUCCUGCUGGCUGCCAUGAUCACUAUUGCCGUGAAGUGCAAGCGAGAGAACAAGGAGAUCCGCACCUAUAAUUGUCGCAUUGCCGAGUAUAGCCACCCUCAGCUGGGAGGAGGGGGAGGCAGUGGCGGGGGAGGAGGAGGCAGUGGCAGUGGAGGGGGCAAGGGCAAGAAGAAGAAGAUCAGCAAGAAUGACAUUAUGCUGGUGCCCAGUGAGGGCGAGGACAGCCGGGGCCCCCUCAAUGUCAUGAACGUGGUGAGCAGCCCAUCCCUGGCCACCUCACCCAUGUACUUUGACUACCAGACCCGCCUGCCCCUCAGCUCUCCCAGGUCUGAGGUGAUGUACCUGAAGCCCGCCUCCAACAACCUGACUGUACCCCAGGGACAUGUGGGCUGCCACACCAGCUUCACAGGGCAAGGGACUAACGCCAGCGAGGCUCCCCCGAGCCGGAUGUCCAUAAUUCAGACAGACAAUUUUCCCGCAGAGCCCAAUUACAUGGGCAGCAGGCAGCAGUUUGUUCAAAGUAGCUCCACGUUCAAGGAUCCAGAAAGAGCCAGCUUGAGGGACAGCGGGCAUGGGGACAGUGAUCAGGCUGACAGUGACCAAGACACUAACAAAGGCUCCUGCUGUGACAUGUCUGUUAGGGAGGCACUCAAGAUGAAAACUGCUUCAACUAAAAGCCAGCCACUUGAACAAGAACAGCAAGGCAGAGGCCAAAGACCCAUCAUUGGGAUCUGUGGACCAGCCCGCUGUGAGGAAGGAAAAUUUUCAGAACAAGAAGAAUGUGUUAACUGCACAGACGAAUGUCGAGUGCUUGGUCAUUCUGACAGGUGUUGGAUGCCACAGUUCCCUACAGCCAGCCAGGCUGAGAAUGCAGAUUAUCGCACAAAUCUCUUUGUACCCACAGUUGAAGCUAAUGUUGAGACUGAGACUUAUGAAACUGUGAAUCCCACCGGGAAAAAGACUUUUUGUACAUUUGGGAAAGACAAGAGAGAGCACACUAUUCUCAUUGCCAAUGUUAAACCUUACUUAAAAGCCAAACGUGCCCUGAGUCCUCUGCUUCAGGAGGUUCCCUCAGCAUCGAGCAGCCCAACCAAGACAUGCAUUGAGCCUUGCACCUCAACAAAAGGACCACUGGAUGGUUGUGAAGCGAAAUCAGGAGCCUUGGCUGAACCAAGCAGCCAAUACUUGUCAACUGACAGUCAGUAUCUAUCACCCAGUAAACAGUCAAAAGACGCUCCUCCGUUCAUUGCAUCGGAUCAGAUGGCCAGGGCCUUUGCUGAUGUACAUUCCCGAGUGAGCCGAGACUCGAGUGAGAUGGACUCUGUUCUGGAGCAGUUGGACCGCUCAACCCGGGAUCUCGGCAGGGAGUCAGUAGAUGCUGAAGAAGUUGUGAGAGAAAUUGACAAGCUCUUGCAGGACUGUCGGGGAAGCGACCCUGUGGCCGUGAGGAAGUGAGGGGGAAAAUAAAGACAGGCUGGCAGUUACAUUCCUCUUCUGCUGAUUAAAAUAAAAUAAAAUAAAAUAAAAAUCCCCUGGUUGUCACAGAUUUACAGGAAUGAAGGAAGACCAAUGCUGUUUUAAGGCUUUUAGUGAACAUCUGAAGUGCCCACAAGUAUGUUCUUUUCACUGCUCUUUCUUUUUGACAGAUAACACUGGUUUCAUUUUGACCAAACUUUCAUUAGGACAGAGUGAAGUACAUUAAGAACUGAAGGAAAGAAGGAAAGACGGUGCCAUUUUGACAAUCUGAUAGGAAGGUGUGAGAAAGGUCGAAUCGGAGUACGUCUGACACCUUAAGACUGUCCUCAAUAGCUGAUGCUGACUUUACUGUUUACGUAUAAACCCCAAGAAAAACAGGGUUGAAUUAUUCUGAUCUGUGGUGGAUUUCAGCAGUCACCACAGACUUCUACUGAAAGUCCUGACAAGAGUUCUUGUAGUAGUCCAAGCGACACCAAACAUUAACAUUCGUUUGUGGUAAACAUUUAUGUACAAAGUUACCUGCCACAUGAUAAUGAAAUGGAGAAAAAAAAAAAAAAAAAGAACAAGAAAAUAAAAAAUCAUUCCAGAUCAUUAUUCAGCAAAACAUAUCCUGAUCAUUAGUAAAACAUCUCAUAUCAUAUUAAGGUUAAAUGUAAAAUGAUGUAGUUCAUUUUAUCCUGCACACACAUAAGCUAAUUCACUUGAUUUAAAAAAAAAAAAAAAAAGAUUUUAAUAUCUAUUUAGCAUUUUAGUGUCCAACAAACUUUAAAUAGCUAGUGGUAAGUUUUAAACAAUCCUGAAGUAAAAUAAAAGUUUGAAAAUAAGACGUUACCUUUAUGGGUAAUACACAAAAUAAAUUAACAUUAUUAACACUUUUCUAUUCAUUUGUGGACACUAAAAUAGCUCAGGAAAGUGAAAAUGUCUUAGACAUCCACACAAAUCACAUGGUCAUUUAAAUGUGCAAAUGUAAGAAGAUUCAGUGUGUUUACAUCAAAUGACAUAUUUUUAUUGAUUUAUUGCAGAUUCAGUGCAUAUGAGCCAAAAUGUUGAGUGUAUAAGAGCUAUAUUGUGUAUUUUAUUAAAUUAAUAUAUAGUUGUGUUGCAAAAAUAUUUGGGCUUAUAUUGUAAAUGGCAAGUGUUGCCUCGGUAGCUGUCGAACUCUAUGAGUUUUGUUUUUUCCUGCUUCCUUUUCCCCAUGGAUUGUGGGAAGCAGCGCCUCAGAGCAAAGUCUCUUGUUUAAUGUAUGGUCUACGAAGUACUGCAGUACAUAAUCUGUUCAAAAUGUGUUUGAGUGAGCUGAUGGAGCUAACUGAACGGCCUACAAAUACAUCCAUCAGUCACGGUUAUGUGCAAGUCCUUGUAGAAGCUUUUAUUGCAAACCCAUGUUUAAUAACAACAAUUACACUUGAACCAACACCUGGAACCUCCUUGUUAUUUUCCAAGCACAUGCGGCCAGCCUGUUUGAUGUAGGGUACUUGGUUGACUUCUCGAUACCACCACUACCACUACUUUCAAAGUUUUGUUAUUAAGUUUAGAGAUCUGAAAAACCUGACAGUGCCAYUGUAGUAUGAGUAGCAUUUUAUCAAAGUCAUAGAAAGUGGAAUUUCUUACUGAAGUUCUAGGUAUAGGCUGCUUUCUUGGGAUCAUUGUCUUUAGUUUUGUUUUCAAUUGUUCUGAAAACUAUUUGCAGAACAACUUGGGAGAUGUCUACUUCUUAUUUAUUCUAAGGGUGUUUCUAAUGCAUUAGAAAAAUUCAAAAUUACUUUCAGAUGAAAAUUAAGAAGUAGCAGCAAUGCACGUUCAAAAUAAAACAAACAAACAAACAAAAUAAAUGCAGAAAAAAAAAAACACAGAAGAAAAAAAAUGUUUGGCCCAGCAUUUGCCCCUUGUAUACGACAGAUACGCAGUUGUACAUAGUACUAUGACACUUUGUUUAGAAACAGUGUCUGGGAAAUGUUCGUUUUAAGCUGUAUUACACAAACAUAUAUGAGAGGUUAUUUAAUUCAAGUUGGCAAUCUCAAAUCCCACAAAGCCAUAAUUUUCAUCAAUUUAGGAAAGUAAGUUUACCAGUAUUUGAUUUUGAUCUUGGGAUUCCUGUCAAAGGGUGAUCUUGACUAGUCAGUGCUACAAUGAAUUGUCUUUGGUUGUUGGAGAUACCCAUCCUGAAAGUUUGCUCUUAGCUCCUGCUGCUAAGAAAGUCGACAAUUAUGUGUGAACAAAGGAACUUGYACACAUUUAUCAAGCUACUCUCCAUGUUUUGGACAAUUUAUGUAUCUAAAAUGUGGUGUUGUCUGUGUUCUACAUUUUUUUUGGUUUGUUUGUUUUCAGCCAGAAGACCCAGGAUUGUUUUUGCUUGAUAGCUUGGUAGCUUGAAGUUCCAUAGUGGAGAGAAUUUCUUAUUGUUUGAUCAGUCUCUUAUAUGUAUACUUCUGUGGUGCCCAUCACGUCAGUGUCUGUGCACCAAGUCUUUAGCUCUGCCAGUGAGAUCCAUUAUUCAGCAAAAUCUAAGCCAGUAUUUAAAUGCAGUCAAAUGAUGGAGAUUUGUGUAUUUUAUAAAUGAUUUUAACACUGAGUAACCAAUUGUACAAUUCAUGGUAUGUGUCUGAAGACAUAAAACACAACAUUCUGAGAAAGGGCUGUGCCAAUGUAAGAGAAUUUACCUUAAGGCUCUCUGUCACUAGUGAUUUACUAGCUUUAGUUGUUUAACACAUUAUCUGUAUUUAGUAGUUAUUAUUUAUUUACCACUCUAAGGUAAUUCAGAAUUCAUGACUCACAGCUUUAUAGAUGAGUUUAGGAAAUCUUGCUUUUAUUUAAUUUGAUUGACAACUUCCCUGUGUUGUCAAUCAAUACAGGAUUGAUACAUAAAGAACCAAUAAACCAGCAGAUCUGACUUUUCCUGGUUCAGUCAAAAUUAACAUGAUCAUCUAUGAAGGAAGCACCAUGCACAAAAGAAGUUUACUUCUCAGUGUCUCUUCUAUUUCUGCUGGAGACAGAGACAGCCAUGAACAAUGAAGCUUAUGAGCUAUUUCUUUUAUCCCUUAUGUACAUGCUUUACAAAACUGAAAGAAAAUAUCCACCAAAUGACUAUAAAGAGAAUGGCUGAAAUAAGGGAAAGCUUGUUAAGUAACUAAUAAAAU